CAGCAGAGCCACAAGUCCCGGAGAGAUGUGGCGCAAAGCGUUCUCGCCUUCCACCUUGACAGCGGCGGUGGUGGUGGUGGUGGUGGUGGUGGUGGUGGUGGUGACGGGCGGCGCCGCAAGCGACCACACGUCAUCGUCCAUGUCGGACCUGACGGAGGAGAUCACCUUUUCCUUGCUGGUGAACCAGUUGGCGAUACUGAAGGGCAUGAACGAGUCUUUCUCCCUGUGUGCCUCCCGUGACAGAGACUAUCGCUUGUGGAAGGAGGAGGCGAACCAACAACUGCAGGCUACGGAGGACAGCCUGCGGGGCAUGGCGGAGGACGCGCAGGAGCGGAUGCACAACAUGACGGAGGAAACAAGGGACAGCCUGCGAGGGAUGGUGGAGGACGCGCAGUCCAGAAUGCAGGCAGUGGAGGAGGCGGUGCAGGCACAGCAGCGGGCAGUGGAGGCGCGGCAGCAGGCGGUGAAGGAGGCGGUGGAGACACAGCAGCGGGCGGUGGAGGCGCGGCAGCAGGCGGUGGAGAAGGCGGUGGAGGCACAGCAGCGGGAGGUGGAGGAGAGGAUGGAGGCACAGCAGCAGGCGGUGGAGGCUCGGCAGCAGGCGGUGGAGGAGGCGGUGGAGGAACAGCAGCGGAAGGUGGAGGAGAGGAUGGAGGCACAGCAGCGGGCGGUGGAGGAGGUGGUGGAGGCACAGCAGCGGACAGUGGAGGAGGCGGUGGAGGCACAGCAGAGGGCGGUGGAGGAGUCGGUGAAGGCACAGCAGGAAGCGAUGGAGGCAGUGGAGGCCAGGCUGCAAAACACUAUCAAUAUUCUAAUGCGGCAGGUGGCAUUGCAAGCUCUCCAUAACGACACCGAGCCCUCUCGCUGCGACCCAACAGGCGCUACAAAAGUGCUGCAUGGGGCCAGGGGAACCUUGUACUCCUCCAUAUUCCGCCUAACAUGUAGAUGGCGAGUGGUGCUGCCGGAGGGAACAAGACCUGUCUUCCACUGGGAGUUGCCGGAGGAAGACUGUGCAGGAUGUCGCUGUGGCGAGAUGAGUGUGUUUGAAGUGCGUGAUGGGGUGAGGAACACUGGGUAAGGAGUGUGUGUUUGAACACCUUCCCGACCAACAUAUCCCGAACAGAGUCAAAAGCAACGAAUUCAGUGUACGGAUGUGGAAUGGGCGUCGUGAGGGUGGAGUGGGUGUGCGCUAUCAGGCCGUGCCCAUAAACUGAGACGAGGCUGACAACAAGAGUGUUUCCUUGCAGUAAAUAUCCACACACACCUGAAUUACCUUUAUAUUAUGUUUGUAGUACAUUACUGUAACAUUUGAUUAAUAAAUGAUUGCUUACAAUG